AUGAGGCUUAACAGGGUUUCCUACUCAGACCCACUGCACUCGUUUGAAGAAGAUUUCCAUCGGAGAGCUCCUCUUCCCCUGCUUGCAGAAGGCUUCAACAGCAGCUCAUUCAGUAGCAGUCACCACAGUGUGGAAGCCUACGGCAGUAUACCACUUACGCCUACAACACCCGUGCCAGUCACUAUGACGACUCCUACGUUCACCUUUUCUAUCCCCUCUCAGAACCUCGGGCGACCUGUCUCCGUGCUUCAAGGAGACGCUGCUAAGUGGGCAGAGUCAAACCCCGAAGCCGUUCGUCUCCUCGAUACCGAUGAGCCUACCCAAGCUACGGUCGAACAAUUCACAUCCCUCUUCAAGCAACGAUUCCCAGCAGAGGUCAUUGAAGUAGUCCCUGUGACGUUCGAUGCUGAGCUGGCAGAUAUACGCCAGCAGUCUACUGAAACCAUCACUGCCUACUACACAAAGACCCUCAACUUGAUGCACAAAUAUGGUGCCAAAGAUCGUGGUCAUUCUAUGUUGCUGUCUCUAGCAGAGGGCUCAUUGCUAGACACAUUCCUGCGUACAUGGAUUCGAGGCCUCACUGACCAGGUCAUCACACGCAAGUGUGCUGAGAACAUGGGCUCCCCUGAUCGAUCACUCCGCCUUCUCUAUGACGUCGCUGAAUCCACUCGUCGAGUCAACAUUGAGAUCCAGAAGCUCUUUGAGGAUGAAGCUAAAGAAAAUGAGCUUCAGUUCUACAAAGAUCUUGCCCAACGCAACAUGCCAGCUACCCAAAUCGACGCCCUCCAUGCUUCAUAUCAUGUCAAAGCACAGGGCCCAGGAUAG